GCCCCGCGGCCCCGGCAAAAGGCUGGGACUUUACUCCAGCGGCGGAGAGCGAGUCGGGGCUCCAUCAGCUGCCGCAACCGCCGCGCCCGAGCCCGAGACACCAUGAGCGGCAGGGUCGGCGAUCUGAGCCCCAAGCAGAAGGAGGCACUGGCCAAGUUCCGGGAGAAUGUCCAGGAUGUGCUGCCCACCCUGCCGAAUCCAGAUGACUAUUUCCUCCUGCGCUGGCUCCGAGCCAGAAGCUUCGACCUGCAGAAGUCCGAGGCCAUGCUCCGGAAGCACGUGGAGUUCCGAAAGCAAAAGGACGUUGACAAUGUCAUGAGCUGGCAGCCUCCAGAGGUGAUCCAGCAGUAUCUGUCAGGGGGCAUGUGUGGCUACGACCUGGAUGGCUGCCCCAUCUGGUAUGAUGUCAUUGGUCCUCUGGAUGCCAAAGGCCUGCUCCUCUCAGCCACCAAACAGGACUUGCUCAAGACCAAGAUGCGGGACUGUGAGCUGCUGCUGCGGGAGUGUGCCCGCCAGACCGAGAAGAUGGGGAAGAGGGUGGAAACUGUCACCCUGAUUUAUGACUGUGAGGGGCUUGGCCUCAAGCAUCUCUGGAAGCCUGCUGUGGAGGCCUAUGGCGAGUUUCUCUGCAUGUUUGAGGAAAAUUAUCCUGAAACGCUGAAGCAUCUUUUUAUUAUUAAAGCCCCUAAGCUGUUUCCAGUGGCCUAUAACCUCGUAAAGCCCUUCCUGAGUGACGACACUCGUAAGAAGAUCAUGGUCCUGGGAGGAAACUGGAAGGAGGUUUUACUGAAAUACGUGAGCCCUGACCAAAUGCCUGUGGAGUAUGGGGGCACCAUGACUGAUCCCGAUGGAAACCCCAAGUGCAGAUCCAAAAUCAACUAUGGGGGUGACAUCCCCAAGAAGUACUAUGUGCGAGACCAGGUGAAACAGCAGUAUGAGCACAGUGUGCAGAUUUCCCGUGGCUCAUCCCACCAGAUGGAGUAUGAGAUCCUUUUUCCUGGCUGUGUCCUCAGGUGGCAGUUCAUGUCGGACAGUUCAGACAUCGGUUUUGGGAUUUUCCUGAAGACCAAGGUGGGGGAGCGGCAGCGGGCAGGGGAGAUGACGGAGGUGCUGGCUAACCAGAGGUACAAUGCCCACCUGGUCCCUGAAGACGGGACCCUCACCUGUAGCGAUCCUGGCAUCUAUGUCCUGCGGUUUGACAACACCUACAGCUUCAUUCAUGCCAAGAAGGUCAGCUACACUGUGGAGGUCCUGCUUCCAGACAAAGCCUCUGAAGAGAAGCUGCAACAGCUGGGGGCAGUCACCCCAAAGUAAUGCCUCUUCCCACAGCAGACCUGGUUCCCUCAGGGUCUCCCUAUCAGUUUCCAUCCUUUGUAGCCAUCACUUUCCCAGCACCCUGAUGCCCAAAGAAAAACUGGGCUACCAGAAAGACCCUGGGCUGGGUCUGGGGAGUUUUCAUUUCAGAAUUAAGAAGAGAGAGAGUAACAGGUGUGGGUCUCCUUGCCCUUCAGAUCACUAAGGAGUCCUCAGAGGCUGGGCACCAAGAUAGGAUCUGUCUGUCCUAUAAGCUGUGCUAACUUUACCUGUCCAGUGACAGCUGAGACUAUCACUUGGGGUGGCAGCAGGGAAAUUAGAAAAAAGGGGAGAGAUUGAGACCUAACUUCAGGGAAGCUGGAUGCAGGGAGGAACUUACUCCCAAAUGACAAUGUACGUCUGGAUCAUAAUGAGUAGUAGCAAGGUAGCCAGUUGCUAGUUAUAGUGGGGGUCAGAGGCCCUUCUUAACUUUAUGUUACUGGGGCUGGAAUCUUUUUUACUUUUCCCAGAGGGCUCAAGAGGUGGCCCGAGCCAGCACAGAUCUUUGCACUUGGGUAGACAGGUAGGCCUCUCCCUCACCUUGAAAACUUCAGCCACUCCGACCCACUGGCUGUCUCUUUAAUUUCUGAUUUGUCAGUGAUUCGGAGCUUCCCAAGAUUUGUACCCAGCCACUGUUCUCCAAUGCAGACAAAGCCCAGGGAAAUCACCUCCAGGAAUCCCAGCUCUCUGAUGGGCCAGUGAGGCUGGGGGCGGGAGUCCUGAGGCUCCGCCCCCCACCCCCACCCCCCGCUUUUCAGUGCUGCCAGCCUCUCAUCAAGUCACUCUCCACUUGAGCACCCCACACAAAAAUGGCAAGUGGGAUUACGACAGAAAACUAAAGUGAGGGCAUUUCCCACCCUGUGUCCCACGGUGCCUGCCAACCAGCGUCCUGACUGACCUGAGCAAGGCCUCAGUAGUCCCACCUCUGUGGGAGGCAUAGUUGGAUACAGUGGGUUCCUGGUACCUGCCGAGGAGGCUGCCUGGCAGGGGCCAUAGGCACGGCCAGCAUCUGGCAGCCAGGGGCCGGGGGUAGCCAUAUAGAGUCUUGCAGGCCCCCAGCCCACAGUGACAAACGGCUGCCAUGGGGGCACUCAGCGACCAGGUGCUGGAGGGCAUGCAUGGACCCUGCCCCAACCACCCACAGCACUUAACCCAACCCCACCGUCCUGCAAACGAAUGCCAGGCCCUGGGCUGCACAGAAGGCAGCCGCGCUUGACCCUCGUAGGAAGUUCUUUGCUUCAGAGGCCCCCGCCCAGAGUGGGGAGAUGGUCUGGUGAAGCCGAGGGAGCAGGAAUAUUGGGCAGGGCAGGUACUGACGGGAAGGUGCCCGAGGCCACACGGGCCCCAGCCAAUAUCCCCUCAGGAAGUCAUCCCGACUUUGGUUUACAACGCUCUGUUAGGAAAAUUAACGAAUGAAUAAAGCAAUGUUCAGUGCA